AUGGCAGACACUGCUGCUCGAUCAUGGCUGGAUGUUCUGGCAACGCAGAUCAAUGUGGAUCUGGACUACAUGGACCCGGAGUUUACCUUGAGCUUGUUACCUGUUGUCCCCAACGACAUGACCAGCAACCAGUUUAUUGUGCAUGAACGCAUGUGCCACCCCGACAACGAAGCGCUUCUCAAGGAGGUUGCCAAGGAUUACAAGGAUGGCGGCUGGCUGGCGGUUUACACCCGAAUGGCCGUCUUGAUGUGCAAAGCAAACAUCAAUAACAUCAAAGGCAGAGUCCUGCUCCAGACCCUUCCCUCCUAUGCCUACAACACUGAAAAGACCAUCGAGCACGCACGCGCAUAUGCCCGCGAAUUCGAGAGCGUGGGCAUUUCCAAGGAUCGCCUCUGCAUUAAGAUCCCCGCCACUGGACCGGCUCUUAGCGCAUGUCCGAUCCUCCUCAAAGAAGGAAUUCGCACCCUUGGGACUGCUGUUUUCAGUGUCCACCAGGCUGUCGCAGCAAGCCAAGCCGGCUGUUUAUAUAUAAGCCCUUACUACAACGAGAUAUUGGCUCACCUUCAGCGCCAGUAUUGGCCAAAGUCUGCCGAUCCUGCGUUACUACACCCUUUCUCAUCCCGCUUCAUCCAGAUAGUAGAGGUUUACAGGCGUCUCUACCAAGAGACAGGCAAAGAACAGCCUUUCAUCAAGCAAGCAGGUUUCCUGUCUGCCGAAGAGGCCAUGGCGGCCGCUGAAAUCGGCUGCCAUUCAGCAACGAUCCCCCGUGCAGUUUUGCAGGAGCUUGCGGAUCGCCAGUAUGAUAGUUCAAAGCAGCCUGGGGAAGGACUGCCCAAGUCAGCCCAUCCGUAUAUCGAUGCGGCACCGGUUCCUGCUCGGCUGAAGAGCAUCCUCCUUACCGAUCCCCUUGACCCUGCUUGGAAGGGAGAGGCAGGGCCUACUGAUAUUGACUACUUAGCUGAUAACGGAGCCAAACUGGAUGCGGCAAAUAAAGCUGAUCCCGAGACGAACAGACGCCUCGCCGAAGCUAUUGAAGCUUUCAUUGGCGCAGAGAAGCAAAGCCAGGCUAAGAUCGAAGAGGUGAUCAGGAGCCUCUAA